CAUAAAAGUACGCAAUCUCAAAUCUUAUAGCCAGAUGCCAUCGCUAGUUAGAAUUUUAUGUUAAAGGUCAGUUAUAAAAUAUAUAUCUGAAUAAAUUUUCGUAAGUCGACCUUGAGAUACCAGGUACCACCGCGGUUCAGGUGGUUCUCGUAUGGUGCUAUUGUGAAAGCCGUGCCGGAGCGCUCGCGGGCACAUCGUAUAAAUUUUUUCUAGGUCAUCACCGUCGUUUAUUCACGAUUGGGACUGAAUGGUCGACUUCUUCGGCGGUUCUUCAGCUCUUCAGUGCGUUCACUAUCGUUGGCCACAAUGCCUUCUUGGAACGUGCGUUCGAUUGUAUUCCAUUGAAAAAGUGAAUUCUAGUGCGACAUGUUUUCGAAGCUAUUGUACCGGAAACGAACGCUUAUAGCGAGAAAAUGUACGCAGGCAAAAUGUCACGCCUUGUCCAAACAAACAUUGAGGCUAUCCAGCUCUUCAGCGCCUCCAGGGAAUAUUCUCAUACAAGAAGAUGAAACUGUACAGCAUGUCAAACCUUACUCAGAAAUUCCCGGUCCAAGGGCUAUACCGAUUUUAGGAAAUACCUGGAGAGUAAUGCCUAUUAUUGGCCAGUAUGAUAUCUCGGAUACGGCCAAGGUAUCAUUUGAGUUGCAUAGAGAAUAUGGGAAAAUUGUAAAGUUGUCGAAUUUGGUAGGCAGACCAGAUUUGUUGUUUCUUUACGAUGCAGAUGAAAUAGAAAAAGUCUACAGACAGGAAAGUGUUACCCCAUUUAGACCUUCAAUGCCUUGUUUGGUGAAGUACAAGGGCGAUGUAAGGAAGGAUUUUUUUGGUACCUUAGGAGGAGUUGUUGGAGUACAUGGAGAACCGUGGAAAAAAUUCCGAACUACCGUUCAAAAGCCCAUAUUGCAAGUUCAAACAGUAAAAAAGUACAUUGAGCCUAUUGAAGAUGUUACCAAAGAUUUCAUUUCAAAGAUGUUAGCGAUGAAAGAUGAAAACGGAGAGAUGCCAAGUGACUUUGAUAACGAAAUUCAUAAAUGGGCGCUAGAAUGUAUAGGUAGAGUAGCGUUAGACACAAGGCUGGGCUGUAUGGAUCCACACUUACCUCCUGAUUCAGAACCUCAAAAAAUUAUAGAUGCCGCAAAGUACGCUUUGCGUAACAUAGCUAUAAUGGAGCUGAGAUUUCCAUUUUGGAGGUAUUUUCCUACAACGCUGUGGACCCGAUAUGUUGCCAAUAUGGACUAUUUUGUCGAGAUCUGCACGAAAUACAUCUAUGCUGCAAUGGAAAGGCUAAAAAAUAAAGUUGUCAAGGAUGAAAAGGAACUGUCACUUAUUGAAAGGAUAUUGGCGAGUGAGAAAGAUCCCAAAAUUGCUACCAUAUUUGCGUUGGAUUUGAUAUUGGUUGGAAUAGACACGAUAUCAAUGGCAGUCUGUUCAAUACUCUACCAGCUUGCAACAAGGCAAGAACAACAAGAAAAGUUGCACGAAGAAUUGAAACAGGUCCUGCCAGACCCGAACGAACCGCUGACUGCUAAAAAGUUGGACGAAAUGGUCUUUCUAAAAGCGUUUGUCAAGGAGGUUUUCAGGAUGUAUUCAACGGUGAUAGGGAAUGGUAGGACCUUACAAGAAGAUACCAUACUAUUAGGAUAUAAAGUUCCCAAAGGCGUCCAAGUAGUUUUUCCAACAGUAGUUACUGGCAAUAUGGAAGAAUACAUAUCCGAGGCACAUAAAUUUUAUCCUGAAAGGUGGAUAAAAGAAAAAUGUGGAAAUCACUAUGUCCAUCCAUUUGCUUCGCUGCCCUAUGGUUACGGCGCAAGGAUGUGCCUUGGAAGAAGAUUUGCUGACUUAGAAAUACAAGUCCUUUUAGCUAAGAUUUUCAGGUCUUAUAAGUUGGAGUUCAACCACAAACCUCUGGAUUACAAAGUUACCUUCAUGUACGCACCUGAUGGCGAACUUACCUUCAAGAUGAUAGAUAGAUAAACAUUUUACAUGAUUCUGUAAAUAAAAUUUGUUAUUUUUGUA